GGGCCGUCGGGGCGGGGCUGGAGGUCACGUGGCUGCCGGGCCCGCCCCGCGCUGCAGCUGGAGACUUCCCCUCCCACAGUGACAGAGCCUCUGGGUCGGCGAUCGGCGCAGUUUCUGCACCUCGCGCCUCGGCAGGUAAAUUAACAUGAUGGAUUUCUCCAAACUACCCAAAAUAGCUGAUGAAGAUAAAGAAAGCACAUUUGGUUAUGUCCAUGGAGUCUCAGGACCUGUGGUUACAGCCUGUGACAUGGCAGGUGCAGCCAUGUACGAGCUGGUCAGAGUGGGUCACAGCGAGUUGGUCGGAGAGAUUAUCCGUUUGGAGGGUGAUAUGGCUACGAUCCAGGUGUAUGAAGAAACUUCUGGUGUGUCUGUUGGCGAUCCUGUACUCCGUACUGGGAAACCUCUCUCUGUAGAGCUUGGUCCUGGCAUCAUGGGAGCUAUUUUUGAUGGUAUUCAAAGACCUUUAUCAGAUAUCAGCAGUCAGACCCAAAGUAUCUACAUUCCCAGAGGAGUGAAUGUGUCUGCUCUUAGCAGAGAUUUAAAAUGGGAUUUUACACCUUCCAAAAACCUACGGGUUGGCGGUCAUAUCACUGGUGGAGAUAUUUAUGGAAUUGUCAAUGAGAACUCUCUCAUCAAGCACAAAAUAAUGUUACCUCCAAGAAAUAGAGGAACUGUAACUUAUAUUGCUCCACCUGGCAAUUACGACACCUCUGAUGUUGUCUUGGAACUUGAAUUUGAAGGUAUAAAGGAGAAGUUCACCAUGGUCCAAGUUUGGCCUGUUCGUCAGGUUCGGCCUGUCACUGAGAAGCUACCAGCCAAUCAUCCUUUGUUGACAGGCCAGAGAGUUCUCGAUGCCCUUUUUCCAUGUGUGCAGGGAGGAACUACUGCAAUUCCUGGGGCUUUUGGCUGUGGAAAGACUGUGAUAUCACAGUCUCUAUCCAAGUAUUCCAACAGUGAUGUGAUUAUCUACGUGGGAUGUGGUGAAAGAGGAAAUGAGAUGUCUGAAGUUCUUCGGGACUUCCCAGAGCUCACAAUGGAAGUUGAUGGGAAGGUCGAGUCAAUCAUGAAGAGAACAGCUCUCGUGGCCAAUACCUCCAAUAUGCCUGUUGCUGCUAGAGAAGCCUCUAUUUAUACUGGAAUUACACUGUCAGAAUAUUUCCGGGACAUGGGCUAUCACGUCAGUAUGAUGGCUGACUCUACCUCCAGAUGGGCUGAGGCCCUGAGAGAAAUCUCGGGUCGCCUGGCUGAAAUGCCUGCAGAUAGUGGAUACCCUGCAUAUCUCGGGGCCCGGCUGGCCUCUUUCUAUGAGCGAGCAGGCAGGGUGAAAUGUCUUGGGAAUCCUGAAAGAGAAGGAAGUGUCAGCAUUGUAGGAGCAGUUUCUCCACCUGGUGGUGACUUCUCUGAUCCAGUUACAUCUGCGACUCUCGGUAUUGUCCAGGUGUUUUGGGGCUUAGAUAAGAAACUAGCUCAACGUAAGCAUUUCCCCUCUGUCAACUGGUUAAUCAGCUACAGCAAGUACAUGCGUGCCUUGGAUGAGUACUAUGACAAACACUUCACAGAGUUUGUUCCUCUGAGGACCAAAGCUAAAGAGAUUCUCCAGGAAGAAGAAGACUUGGCAGAAAUUGUACAGCUAGUGGGAAAGGCUUCUCUAGCAGAAACAGAUAAAAUUACUCUGGAGGUAGCAAAACUUAUCAAAGAUGAUUUCCUGCAACAAAAUGGAUAUACUCCUUAUGACAGGUUUUGCCCAUUCUACAAGACCGUGGGAAUGCUGUCCAACAUGAUUGCGUUUUAUGAUAUGGCCCGUAGGGCUGUUGAAACCACUGCCCAAAGUGACAACAAAAUCACAUGGUCCAUUAUUCGAGAACACAUGGGAGAAAUCCUCUAUAAACUUUCCUCCAUGAAAUUCAAGGAUCCAGUGAAAGACGGUGAGGCAAAGAUUAAGGCCGACUAUGCACAACUUCUUGAAGAUAUGCAGAAUGCAUUCCGUAGCCUUGAAGACUAGAACUGUGAUUUCUUUCUUCUUGUCCUCAGCAAGUUCAGAUGUGUAUACUUUCCCAAAUUUAUCAUCUCAAACCCUUUGCUUCUUUAUCGUGCAGCUUUAAGACUAGUGCUUAUGUAUGUUACCGUUUGUUUUCCUGUUUGAUAGGUCUUCUAUAAAACAAACAUUCCUUAGUUCCAGUGUUUAAAAGGCCUCCCUGAUCCUCUUUCUGAAGUGGUGAAUGUAGUAAAUCUGAUACACAAUGGCUACACUACUGUAAACGUGUAUGUAGGGUGACAUCCCUGCUUAUCCUGUGUUUGCUCUUUCUGCUUCCACCAUUCAUUUGUAAACAGGACUGCCACCAUUACUGUUCUUGGAAUGGAAGAUUUCUAGACAUUUUGACUUGUAACUUUGAAAUGACUCCAUUAUCUAUACGAUAAGAUUUUUGCAGCUUAAAAGUAUGCUAAGUAACUAUUUUGCAGGAAACUUUUGCGUUUUUAAAACGUGAAUGAUUAAUAUUCCUAUUAUGCAUUGCUUCUCCCAACAUCAAUUAGUAAUAUUUAUGGGAAACUGUUGGGAACUUAACUCUUUAAAAGGUAUUGUGGGGCUCAAUACAAUGUAUGAAUCAGUAUCCUCUAAAAAAGUGGGGGAAAAGGUGAAUCCAUCAAAGUUAAGACUAUCAUCAUCUUGUUAAAGUUUUUUUUUUUCAAGUAAAAAAAAUACAGCAUCAAGGUCUAUCCUACUGAGUUACUUUGAAAAAUUAUUUAGAUUCCAUUUUAGGGCCAGGGAGAUGGCUUGAAGGACCUGAGCAUGCAGGAGCCUCGCUUUGCUCCCCAGGUAUGCAUGGUCCCCCAAGCACCCCUAGGCAUGCUCCCCUCACACACACACACACACACACACACAAAUUUACAUUUAAAACAAUCACUGAGAACUUGAUCCACAUCGCACCCUCUUUUCUUUUCCUCAGACAUCUUAGAAGACUAACCUUCUAAGGAUCAUGUGGCAGUAUAAUGAGAAAUAAGUAAAAUGCCGCAGGAAGAUACUUACUUGUGGUUGAAGGCUGUUCAUACCUUUAAGGAUCAGCUGAUACUCUAGAGGGAGUCUGGGGGCAGAAUGGCAUUAUAUAUUUCAUGAGAUAACAUGUGUUACAUAGUUGCAUGUUUCUUUGCCUGUUGAAUUCUUGCACAACCACUUUAUCAACCGUAGAAAGCAGUACUCUCCUGUAGUUUUUGUUCAUUGGCUCAAAAGAUUUCUCAGAAUACCUGUUGCUUAGGCACUGAACAGUUUCCAUUCUGUUUUUUCAGGGAUAAAAUUCUUGUAUCUGCUAAUAGAAUCUGGGUUAUGUGGGGAAGAAAGAUAUAUUUCACCCUACCUUUUGAAUUUAUGUUUCGAGUACUUUCCGUGUCUGUGUAGGAAAGCCACUGUAGACCAGCUCUGCGAGCAACAGUCUCCCACUCACUCUUUCUGACCAAUAGUGCUGGCACCGUUGCUUCCUCUUGGGAAGAAGGAAGGGUAUGUGAGCAAGUGUAACAAUCUCAAGUACCCAAAUGCAAUAGCAUAGAGUAUUUAUUUUAUGCCUCAAUAUUUGUUAUUUAAAUUUUUAGGUCAUGUGUUUCUUUUGGUCUGUUAAAAUAUGCAGUCAAGUAGAGAGUUCAGCUAUCGUUUGCAUGUUCUCCCAUGCAACCUUUUUUUAGCCUUUCAGAAUAUUGGAAGAUAAAAAUUAUGCAAUGGUUUGUUGAGAGGUGGACUUAAUGGUGCUGCUUAAACAGUUUGCUUCUAGUGUGGCCUCCCACCCAGAGGUUCCAAGACCAGUGGAAAAUAAAAGGAUUUUUGAAAGUUUCUAUUCCUACCUUAAACCUACCAGCAAAGUAGGAGUGUGAUAGUAAUGAAUGCUUUGAUGAAGAAAGCUUGACCAAGUUUAUUUUUUGUUGUUCUGAAUUAGCAAUGUACAUUCUCACUUCUUUUUAAGAAUGUUAAUGUAUGAGUGUGAAGAUUCUAGAGAAACUAUGCUCAGAUAUCCAUCAUAAGAAUCCCCUUACCUAUAUGUUGUACAGUUUUAGUUGGGUCACUGGUCUUAUUUCUUUAGUAAGAAUGUGUUAAAAUUACAACAGUCUUUUAAAAAGAUGAUGCAGUUCUCUAUUUAUUGUGCUGUGCCUGGUUCUAAGUGGAGCCAGAUAAACAAGUUUCAUAUAUAUUUUUCCAGUGUUAAAUCUCACACAUCGUAUGCUUUGGAAAUUUCCUUCCAUACUGAAGAAUAGAAGAGGCCAAAUAUAUUGCCUCCUUCUCCUUGAGAUUUCACUAUCUUUAUGUUAAAAGUUGUGUAUGAUUGUUAAAAAAUCUAUGAAAUAAUAAAAAGUGGAUUUAAAUUCA